UAACAUGAUUUCACUAAAAUACUUUUCUGUCUUCUGAAUAGUUUAUUUAUUUUCAUUAGUGAUUCUGUGCAGAGCAUGUACACAUCUGCAUUCUUCCGUGGUUUAGAUCGCGCGUAAUAUUUAUGAUUCUGUUGUGUGUUUUGUAAAGCCAUCAAGAUGAUGGAACUAAAUCUGACACGUGUUGACUACCUACAGGCAGGAACAACAUCACCAAGAACAAUGUGUCUGCUACCUAUUUCAGGAAAACUCCAGAGGGUUGCAGUUGCUGACAAUGAUGGAUUGCUUCAGGUGUUUAGUAUAAAGAAGGGAGAAGUACAGAAUGUUUUCAAGACCACAUUGCAUCAGAAAGUAACACGGCUCUGCCUCGGAGGUCAACCAGGGGCACAGAGAGACCGGAUAUUUCUUAGUGUGGGAUCAGAGGUCAAAGGAUUUUCAAGGAAAGGCAAAAACUUCCUCAGUUUCACUACAAAUAUGACUGAGCCCAUACAGAGUAUGUAUGUGGAAGGCCCAGACCUAUUUGCCUGUGGGAAGUUUGUUUACAAUCACUACCGUGACUGCAAAGACACAAAUUACAUGCUGUGUGGAGAUAAAAUCAAUGAUGUUCUUUGCUUACCAACUCAUAUGGUACAAGAAGUCACACCAGUCCUUGCAUGUCAGGACCGAGUUCUUCGUAUCCUGCAGGAAUCAGAGCUCUUGUAUGAAGUCGAGGUACCAGGCCCUCCCAUGUGUCUGCAUCUGUCUGACAACUCUGGAGGUGAGAAUGGCAAUGAAGUGUUAUAUGGGACAUCUGAUGGAAGAGUGGGGCUUGUACAGAUUGGAAAAUUAGCACCAUUGCACAAGUGGGAACUUCCAAAUGAGAAAAGGAGUGGCGGUGUCCUGUGCAUGGACAACUAUGAUAUUACAUCUGAUGGUGUUCAGGACCUCAUCUUGGGACGAGAUGAUGGCCAGGUGGAGAUAUACAGUUUUGAUGAGGCAGAUGAGCCUGUUCUUAGAUUCAGCCAUACAUGUUCAGAGAGUGUGAACUCAGUACAAGGAGGUGUGGUAUCUACUGCAGGCUAUGACGAAAUUGUUUGUUCCACCUAUGCAGGCUGGGUUUAUGGGCUAACCUCAGAGCAGCAGAUGAAGCAAAUGGGUCCUACAGAAGUAGCGGUAGAUGCAGUGGCUGUUGCCAAGAUCACUAACCUCAAGACUGAGCUUGAUUCCCUGCAGCAAAAGGUUACCACUGAGCGAGAGUACCAGCAGUCAGCUUUCUCUAGCUCAGCAGUAUCUGCCAUUCCCCUGUUCCACAUCAAUGACAAGUAUGUGCUGAAUCGUGAGGAUGCCAGCUAUACCCUCAGCCUGGAAUUGCAGACACCCAUUGAUAAUGUCCUGCUGCAGAGUGAUGUGCCAGUGGACCUACUGGAUGUGGAGAAGAAUUCUGCAGUUAUCAGCUAUAGUGCCUGUAAGCCUGAGGAGGGCAAUUUUCUCCUAGCCACAUAUCGUUGUCAGGCCAGCACCACGCGUCUUGAACUCAAGAUUCGCUCCAUUGAGGGUCAGUAUGGGACUCUGCAGGUGUACAUCACACCCCGUCUACAGCCCAAGACUUGUCAGCUCCGGUGUUACCCUAUCAAACCCCUCUCACUUCAUCAGCGAACACAUGUCUUUGAUGAGAAUAGGCCCAUGAAUACAUUGAAGCUAUCAGGGCAAUUCAGCUUGGCAGAAAUGCAUGCAUGGGUAAACUUCAGUCUGCCAGAGGUUCCUGAACGCCCACCUGCAGGGGACAUAACAUCUUUUCAAUUUGUGUCCACAUUCCUUGGUACACAGCUUGAUUGCACUUACAGGAAAGGGGAGGCUGUGUUUAGGUCAGACAACAUCUCUACCAUUGCCAUCCUAAAGGACGUGCUAUCCAAAGAGGCAACCAACAAAAAGAUACGCCUUGACAUUUCUUAUGAUAUAAAAGAGGAAUCUAUACCACAUACCUUAAACUUGCUGCAUCCUCGACUUGAGUAUCAGCUACUACUGGCAAAAAAAGUUCAACUUAUAGAUGCCCUCAAGGAGCUGCAGGUCAGUGAAGGUGACCUCAGCUUCAUGUCCCCAGAAUACCAGCAGAUUGUUGAGAAUGCUGACAGUCUGCAGGCUGAAUUCAAACGCCAGCCCUGCCACUUGGAACGACUCUAUGGCAUGAUCACAGACCUCUUCAUUGACAAGUUUAAAUUCAAGGGCCAGAAUGUUCGGAGCAAAGUCCCAGCACUGAUGGAACUUUUAGACCACUAUGAUUAUAACACUCUGGCACAGUUCUUUGAGAAUGCUUCAUAAUUAUACAACUAAAUGCAGACAUUUCUAGACCAGAAACUAAUCCUUUGUAUGUGCAUCCUUUAGUCAUCUUCGUGGGUGGGAAUUCUUUUUCAGCAGUUACAAGUUUGAAUAUUUACUGAGGCAACUCUUGAUAAUCAAAACUUUCAUCUUAGGCAUUAGAUCUAUUUUUUUUUUAAGUUGUAAAACCAGUUCUUUGAAUUUGAAAACCUUUUUUCCCAAUAGUUCAAACAUUCCAAGGUCCAAACAAAGACUUAGAAGAAAAAAGUGUAAGGAAAUUCGCUAAAACUUGCUCCAUGUAACCAUUAUUUCCUAAAUUGUCAACAUAACUAAAUGAUGAUGUGCAUUUUACAUCUGAGAUCACACAAGUUGAAGAACUGUGUUCUAUGGAUAUCAAGAAGAAUAUUUUGGCUUUUUUUCAUUAUUAUUCUGCAUGUUAGUCAAUCACUUAGUUCCAUGCAUUCAAGAAAAAGCCUGCUGUGGAAUAAACAAUUUUAAUUAAAUAUUAAUCACCUGAAUAUUUUGAUAAGAUUCUAUCAACCUUGCCUCUCAAGAAUUAAAAGAUCUACAUAGGUAAUAUGGAUCAGAACAAAUUUAAGAUGGCUUACUUUCUAUUAGGAUUUUCUUAUUUUACUUUCUGCACCAAUCACAAGGUAACAAAAACCUAGCUCGAUAGGGAAAAUGAUUACUGGUUUCUAAAGAGGAAUGCAAUUGAUAUGGAUCAUUUUCAUUUCAUGAGAGGUAUGUUUUCAUAAUUUGUCUGGUUGACACGUCUUUGAUAAAAGAUUUAAGACUCACUUCAAUUGAUGUGUGUCGCUGGUAUUACUGAACUGUGUAGGUAUGUGCCCAUGCACUUGCCUAUGUAUGAGUAUAAGUGUGUGUGUGUGUGCACAAUAAACUGGUCUGCCACUGGCAUCCAUUAGCA